GGUGCCAAGAAUAAUGCACCUUUGAGAUUAAAUGUUUUCCGUGACUGUUGUGAAAAUUUGCGACCAGCAUUCCAUCAUUUCUUGCUUGAAAAUUAUUUAUCGCCCGAGACGUGGUUUGAACGCCGAUUGGCUUACACACGAAGCGUGGCAACAACAUCGAUAAUUGGAUACAUUCUUGGUCUUGGAGAUAGGCACGUUUCAAAUAUUUUGAUUGAUAAAACAACAGCGGAAGUUAUUCAUAUAGAUUUUGGUAUAGCAUUUGAACAAGGUAAAGUUUUACCAACACCAGAAACAGUUCCAUUUAGACUGACAAGAGAUAUCGAAGUGGCCAUGGGAGUUUCAGGAAUAGAAGGAACAAUGAGACGGUGUUGUGAAGAAACUAUGUCUGUUUUACGAAAACAAAGAGAAAUUAUUGUGACUUUAUUAAGGGUUUUAUUGUACGAUCCACUUUAUUCGUGGGCUAUCACCCCAGCCAAAGCUGCCACAUAUCAAAGCGAAAAUUCUUCUAGACUGAGUGAAAGCAGUAGUCCAG